AUGGAAAACAAACUAAAAGUAAACCCUCCGUUAUUCAAAGUUGAUGGAUCAUCGUCGACAAAAAGAACUGUGAAAAAAUCAAAGCUACCAGAAACUAGCAACAAAAGCGCUGCUAAUUCAUGUAUGAAACUAGUGCAAGAUGUCUGGUUAAAGGAGUCGGAAAAUAAGAAUUUUGUAUUCUCUCCGUUCUCAAUCGAAAAUGCUCUAGGUUUACUAGCUUCUGGAGCAAGUGGUGAAACCUUAAAACAGAUAUUAGGCUUCCUCAACACUGAAAGCCUCGACCAUUUGUCAACUUUAAACUCAUUGAGUCGAUAUGCGAAGCGCGAACUGAACACAAAUUUUCUUUUAUUGGCGGCGUUUGGAUUGAAAAAUCUUGUCCUAUUAAACCUUCAUUCCAAGAAGUUGCCACCGCAGUAUACAAAGCUAAAGCCGAAACUGUUGAUUAUAAAAAUAAGCAAAAAGGAGCAGAAGAAGGUGAAUAAAUGGGUUGAAAAGAAAACAAAUGGAUUAAUUAAAAAUCUUCUUCCCGACGGAGCAGUCGAUGAACGUACUAAAGUUAUAUUGGCGAAUGCACUCUAUUUCAAAGGAUGUUGGGGUCGAAAUCCGUUUGAUGAAACGCUAACCAAGAAAUCGAAAUGUUCUGGAACACACGAAAAUGCCCGUGAUCCAAGUUUUUCUAUGUAUAUAGUUUUGCCUGAGCAACGAGAUGGACUUGGUGAACUUAUUGCAGAGGUGAGUUCUAAUCCCGCUAGUUUUCUGAAUACAUAUGUCCCUGUCAGUCAGAGCUUGGUGCCACCGGGAGAAUUGAAGGUUCCGAAAUUCAAAAUCCUUUUUGAUUUUGAAGCAUCAAGAGUACUCAAAGAACUGGGUAUAGUUUCGCCUUUUGAUGAAUCUCAAGCUGAGCUGACGGAGAUGGUGAAUAUUGAUGGUACUAGUAAAUACAUUGAUGAAAAAGGAACUGAAGCUGCUGCUUCUACUGCUGUUACGGGUGUGGUGUGUUGCAUGAUGCGUCCUCGUACACCUCCUCGUCGUGUUGAUUUUGCGGCAGAUCAUCCUUUCAUGUUCAUUAUCAGAGAGGAGCAAAGUGGUGUGGUGUUGUUCAUGGGGCAUGUCCUGAAUCCUUUGUUGAGUUCGUGA